GGUCGUCGAAGGCACCUACGACAGUCGGUAGUUGGCAAGCCUGCGAAUGAUCCGCUAGGUUGUAGGUUAGAGAUAGUCGAUCGCGUAGUUGCGUAGCUAACACGGUCGUCGAAUCGCGUGGAGAACUAUGAAUCGUUUCAUUAUCGUGGACAGUUGGUCAAAGUAAUCGAUACGUAUCGAACGGUGGUGGUUGAACGGUGGAAAAUCAGCGUUAGAGAUUCGCAGAAUCCAAUUUACGCGUUCCUCGUGUCACGAAACGCAUGCGUGCUACCAAGGUAACGAAGUGCAUCUGGCAAUAAUCGGACGAGCCGUUAUAGUUGGAGAAACGACAUCGAGGUAGCAGCGCGAUCGCAUUGUUUUUAUGUUUCCCGUGUGUGUACACACCAUGCAUAUACGCUCUGUCUAAGGCGUAUCGCGAGUGUCUCGCUAGUGUGUUUGUACUUUGUACGCGUCCAGUUGUUUUUCGAGUGUUUGUGGUAAAAAGAGAAAUUACACGGUGUACCAUCGGGGAACGUUUGAAACGUUGCUGGUUCGCAAAGGUGUGGCAGAGUUACCAGGGACAACGCAUGCGACGAGCAAAGAAGAGGGUUACGACGUUCCGGUGUUCACGGUAAAUGCGCAGGGUACGGUGAAUGUUGGAGGAAACAGAAUGUCCAGCGAGCAAGCGCGAGCCAGCGCCGUCGCGACCAAAGAAGACGUGGGUUACGGAAGCGUCGAAAUCGCGUCCGCGUUUACCCAUCUGCCACAGAAAGACGAGCGGUCGUGUAUGCGCAGAAAUGGCCAGGGACACGCCGGGCUCACCGAUGUCUAGGCCGAGAGAGCUGGUCGGCGGAGUUGGCGGUGCUGCGACCACCUUGACGUCCAGCGCGUAUCACACCGCCUCCACCGAUCCAACCGCCCUGCACGGUCACGCGCUCCAACAAAAAAUACUCGAGCUGCAGCAACACCACCAGCUUCAGCAGCAGAUACUGCGACAGCAGUACCAAGCGCAGGAACGACAAUUGGCCGAGUUGCACGAGCAACAGAUGCAUCAGCUGAAGCUAUGGGAGCAGCAGAAGCAAUUGGAAGAGCAGAGGAGGGAAAAGGAGAGGCUCGAAGCGCUCAGGAAAAAGGAUAAGCACGAUCACAGCGCGAUCGCCUCGACGGAGGUCAAGCAACGGCUUCAGAGCUUCCUUGUGAACAAAAAGCAGAGGGAGGCUGCGGCCGCUGCGAAUGGAGCGGUACCUGGUACACCCGGAUACAGGAGCUGGUUGCAACCGCAGUCGGAAUCGGCAGGCACCGUCAACUCCUCGCAUCCCUACCGGAUGCCGCAGAUGCUGCAGGAAAAGUUUGCCGACGACUUUCCUCUACGGAAAACAGCCUCGGAGCCGAAUCUGCUGAAGGUGCGAUUAAAGCAACGCGUGGAGAGGAACAUGGCAGCGUCGAGAAACUCACCCCUGAUGGCACGCCGGAAGGAUCGUCUGCUGUCGCACCUGAAACGGAAAUCACUGCUAGCAAAUUCUAGCAGCAAUCCAGAGUCCGGGCCUAAUUCACCGCCGACCGUCAACAAUUCCCAAGCGAGUCCUACCGCGGCCGGCAACGCGACGGCCAUUCAAGAGGAGACCGAAAACACCGGUUACGGCGGUCCUUUAACCAGCAGCAGUCAACAGGGUAGUCUUUCGGAUCUGUCGCUGUUCAGUUCACCGUCCAUGCCAAACAUCUCGCUCGGUCGACCUCACGUUCCGACCGGAUCCGGCACGAGCGGCACGAAACUGGCGACCGUCUCGGAGGCAGAGGUGCGAGCAGCGUUUACCGCACGGCUAGGUAUGCCGCUCACGGGGCAAAUGUUACCCGGCACGUUGCCGUUCUAUCCGUCGUUGACAGUGAUCGAAGGAGAUCCGCCGUCGAGUGGCGGCGGUGGUGGCGGUGGAGGUGGGGGUGGAGGUGGAGGUGGUAGUGGCGGCUUCGUUCAUAAACAGAUGCAGCAGAACAUGGAGCAUCAUGCGAAUAGGCAACACCCGUCCUCGGUUUAUCACGCGGCUGCUGCGGCUGCGGCUGCGGCAGCAGCGGCCGCCGCCGCCGCAGCAUCACCCAUCACGGACACGCAAGUAGCGCACGCGAGACUGCAAAAGGCUGGUCACCGGCCUUUAGGUAGUAGAACUCAAUCCGCCCCGCUGCCACUCGGUCAUCCGAUGCUGCAAGGCGGUAUGAUCGGACCGCAGACCCAUUACGAAGAGUACCUGGCGGAGAAACAGCUUCACGAUCAACAGCAAGCGCACAAUUAUCUGAAACAACAGAUACGUCAAACGGUGUUGACGCGGGUCGGUUCUCGCGGUCAGACUAACCAGUUGGACGAGGCACCCGAGUCCGAGGAAUCGGAGGUGAUCGAUCUGACUGGAGGGAAGAAGGAGCAUCCGUCGGAGGAGAGCGAAAUCUCGAAACAGCAACGGGAUCGGGAGCAAUUUCUUCAGCAACAGAGGGAUCUGAUGAUGAGGCACACACUGCAGCUCUCGAACGAGUCGUCCGCGGCCUACGGUGGAAGCAGGAGCGGUCAAUCGAGCGCACGACCGUUGUCCAGAGCGCUCUCGAGCCCGUUGGUUCACCUGGGUCCUCAGGGAAGCGGGGAACUGUUUGCGCGAACCUCUUCCUCUCAUCGACCGACCACCGGUCUGGCCUACGAUCCACUGAUGCUGAAGCACGCAUGCGUAUGCGGUGAAACCGUACGCGGUCAUCCCGAGCACGGGGGCAGGUUGCAGAGCGUCUGGGCCCGGCUGUCCGAGACCGGCUUGCUACAGAGGUGCGAUCGAAUACGAUCGCGGAAAGCCACCCUCGAGGAGAUUCAAACGUGUCACAGCGAGGCUCACGCUCUUCUGUUCGGAACGAAUCCGAUGAAUCGGCAAAAGUUGGACGUGUCGAAGCUCUCUCAGCUGCCCAUCAAGAGUUUCGUGCGACUGCCUUGCGGCGGAGUUGGCGUCGAUUCCGACACUACGUGGAACGAAUUGAAUACCGCGCCAGCCGCCAGAAUGGCCGUCGGUUGCGUGGUCGACCUCGCCUUCAAAACCGCCAUGGGCGACAUCAAGAACGGUUUCGCCGUCGUACGACCACCGGGCCAUCACGCCGAAACCAAUCAGGCGAUGGGAUUCUGCUUCUUCAACUCGGUCGCGAUCGCUGCGCGAUUGCUUCAACAGAAGCUUGACGUUCGGAAAAUUAUGAUUUUGGAUUGGGACGUCCAUCAUGGGAACGGAACGCAGCAAAUGUUUUACGACGAUCCGCAAGUGUUGUAUCUGUCGAUACACAGGCACGACGAAGGUAACUUCUUCCCGGGAACCGGAGGUCCGACCGAAUGCGGAGCCGGAGAGGGUUUAGGCUACAACGUGAACGUGGCUUGGUCAGGUGGAUUGAAUCCACCGAUGGGAGACGCCGAGUAUCUAGCUGCUUUUCGCACGAUCGUAAUGCCGAUCGCGAGGGCGUUCGAUCCGAGUAUCGUUCUUGUCUCCGCGGGAUUCGACGCCGCGGUUGGACACCCGGCGCCUCUCGGCGGCUACAAAGUAAGCCCGGCCUGUUUCGGAAAGAUGACCCAACAGUUGCUCAGUCUGGCGAACGGUAAGGUCGUCCUCGCUCUCGAAGGCGGCUACGAUCUCGCCGCCAUAUGCGAUUCCGCCCAAGAAUGCGUCCGAGCUCUCCUCGGAGACGAACCCAGCCAGCUUCGGGACGAGGAAUUGACUAGGAUACCUUGUCAGAACGCGAUCGACACGCUGCAAAAGACUAUCGCUGUACAGAUGUCGCAUUGGCCUUGCGUGAAACUAAACGCGCACACGGCGCCGAUGAGCGCCAUCGAAGCCGGCCAGAAGGAACGCGACGAAUCCGAGACGGUCUCCGCGAUGGCCUCCCUCUCGAUGCAGCAGCCUACCAAUUUAACGACUACCCCAGAACAUUCCCGCGAAGUUUCCGAAGAGCCCAUGGAACAAGACGACGCCAAAUGAAAGCAGAGCUUUCCGUUGCGCGAUUCGCUUUGGAGACUGUUGUCGUCGCGAAACGAUCCUCGUCCCGUUCGUGUCGCGUCGUGAAACGCGAAGAAGCUGCGACACGACGGGAGAUCGUUGUCUGCCCCCCAGCCGUCUGCUUGCUGCGUUCCUCGCAUCGGCCAAUCGACAGCGACGAAUGUUCGCGCGCCCUUAGCUCUUUUGCUUUUUUUUUCCUCUCGUUCAAAGCCCGACCGCCUUGCCUUCGAUCCUUCUCGCGAAGGAAAGCGUCUACCAAAAUCACGAAUGUUCUUAAUGAAUUUUUCAUUAUCCGAUUUUCGUUGAACCCGCGCAAAAGACAGUAGCGUUAAGUGUUUAGUACUCUUUCAUUUCCGUAAUUACUCGUUCGCCAUUCUCUACCUUUUUAUCGUUUCCUCGAAGUUGCGCGACUUUUGUCGAUAUUAUUGGGUAACCGAUCGUUUGAAAAUGAACUUGCAAGCAGAGUCGAAGGAGUAUAGGGAGGAGGAGGAUAUGCAUGGUCGCGCGACGAACAACAAGAGAUAGAAAGGGGUCGUUUCUUUUCUAUGUGUUGUCGUCGUCUCUCUUCGGGCAGCAUAUCGCGAUAUUUUGGUUGUUUCGUUGCGAACAAAGGCUGGUGUGAUUUUUGUGAUAUUUUGUAAGAAAAAAACAAAAAAAAAACAAAGAAAGAAAUUUGACGAAAUACACUUAGUCGAAGGUGUAAAUGCACGCGAGAGUGUGGUAGAGAGCAAAGGAGCGAAUGAACGAAUAGAGUGUACGAGCGAGUGAUAAGAGAAAGCAUAUACACACACGAUUGAAAUACGAGCAUUUAUUUUUGUGUCGUGCAUUUUACGAGAACACGAAGAAAAAAAGAAAGAAAAAAAAAAAGAUUUUAAGCGAAUCUGUUGAUCGAUUAACGAUCUCGCCAGAUUCCGUUCGUUCGCGUAUACGCGUGUACGCGCGUAUCAUAGGAUUUAGCACGCAAAGACUUUUUGUGUACUGUGCGCGAGGAAAAAUGUAAGCGCGCGGUUACGCGUAUCAAGUACAAGACAUAUGUGUACAUCGUACGUUUAUGUGUCCGCAAGAAUCUCAAGUGUUCGUCGAGUGUUUCGUCCCGUGUUUUUACCAAAAAUUUACGAAAAUAACGAGACCGCGAAACAUUGUCUCGGUCGACUCGUGCCCGCGAAUUCGGAUCUUCCUAUUUUCCUCUUUAUCGUUCUACGCACACUCCGUUUUCGUUUUCUCUCCGUCCUCGGUUCUUUUACCAUUUUACCUUCGCUUUCCACCUUUUACUAAUUUCAAUAUCAUUCUCCUAUUUCAGUUCCUUCCAUUCUUGUUCCUCCCGCGACACGAUCCGACCGAAUAGUUCGUUGUUUUCGUCAACGAUCGUUUUUUGGAAAUUGUUGACAUUUUUGCGAGAGUUUCAUUCGUUUCGAGCAAAAGGAAACUUGCAACAUUCCGGUGUAUCGUUCGAAGCCAAUCGAUACAAAUUAGAUGUAAAUCGUUGACUCGCAUCGAAUAGCCGACUCACUAACGAAACAAGAUUAGAAGAAACCCUAGAAUCAAAGAUUCUAUGAAAAUAAGGAAAAAGAAGUGUAAAAAAAGAAAAAAAAAAAA